AUGUCCACCGCCCUUCGCCGAGCGGCCGCGCUCGCGCAGCGCGCCCGCGUCGCCACGACGUCUUCCACGCGCGGCACUCACCUCGCCCAGCGCAGAACCUACGCCGCGGAUCCGAACGCGGAACCGAAAGUGCCGUACCCGUGGAACGAUCCGAUGAACCCGAGCCGGUGGAAGGAAGAACACGUCGUGUUCGCCGUGCUCGGCGGGUGGGGCGUCGUCAUCUUCGGCGCCAAGUCCGCGUUCUCGUGA